GGGAAUGGGGUCCGAUGGAGAGCGAACGUGGAUAAGGGGCGCGAGCGGCCGAAGGCAUCAAAUAAGCUAAGCGAGAAGGGGCGAGGGAAGUGCGCGGUCAUGGCACUCAAACCGAGCCUCGAUGCCUACGCCGCGUUCAUCCACAGGCUCCACCUCCGCCCUCCGCCUCCCCGCUCCCCCGACCUACCCCCUCCCCCUCUCCACGGCCUCACCUUUGCCGUCAAAGACAUAUUCGACAUCAGUGGCUGCGUCACCGGGUUCGGCAACCCGGACUGGGCGAGGACGCACGAGGCAGCGUCGUCCACAUCUCCCGUUGUUCUCGCUGCUAUCGGAGCUGGAGCCACAUGCGUGGGCAAAACUGUCAUGGACGAGAUGGCAUACAGCAUCAAUGGUGAGAACUAUCAUUAUGGCACACCCACUAAUCCGUGUGCUCCUGAUCGAGUCCCUGGAGGAUCGUCCAGUGGAUCUGCUGUAGCAGUUGCUGCAAAUCUCGCUGACUUUGCUCUAGGUACGGAUACUGGUGGAAGUGUUAGAGUGCCUGCUGCUUACUGUGGAAUUUUUGGUUUCCGGCCUUCACAUGGCAUUAUAUCUGCAACAGGUGUCAUUCCAAUGGCUCAGAGCUUUGACACUGUUGGAUGGUUUGCUAGAGACCCUAUUACCUUGACACGAGUAGGCCAGGUUCUGUUGCAGUCAUCUAGUGAUGCUACCAUGCCACCCAAGCGUUUUGUUAUUCCUGAAGAUUGCUUCCAGUAUUUGAGUUCUCCCAGUGACCAAAUCUCUCAAAUCCUGAAAAAGUCUGUAGAGGAGGUAUUUGGAUGUAGUAUAUUACACCAUGAAAAUCUUGGCGACCAUAUUUACCACAAUGUUCCAAGCUUGCAAAACUUUAUAAGUAGCUUCUCCGGAGAUCAAGCAUCUACAAUGCCAGUUCUUGCAGCUCUCUCACAUGCCAUGCGGUUGCUUCAAAGGUUCGAGUUUAAAACCAAUCAUGGAGAUUGGUUGAUUUCCACAAAACCUACUCUAGGUCCUGGAAUGUUUGAAAGAGUAUCAGAAGUUCUAAAUUCAACAUAUGAGGACUUGGAGUACUGUUAUCCAGUGAGGGCUGAGCUUCAAGCAUUCCUGUCUACUCUUUUGCAGGAUAAUGGAAUUCUUGCACUGCCUACAAUUCCUGGAGUCCCACCAAAGCUAAAUAUGGAGGUCGAUGAACUGGAUAGCUUUCGUGCUAGAGCAUUUUCCUUGCUUUCUAUUGCUGGCAUGUCCGGAUUUUGUCAGAUUUCUAUACCACUUGGAAUGCAUGAUGAUCUUCCUGUCUCGGUUUCCCUUCUAGCAAAGCAUAAUGCAGACCAUUUUCUUCUUGAUAUUGUUCAAACACUUUAUGCUACCCUCAAGGAGCAAGCUAGCAUAGCUUGGGAACAUGGUAAUUGACUCAAGUGUCUGUUUGUACAAGUUAACGCCGUAAUUUUAUCUCGAUUUUUCAUAUGUACAUGCUCUUUGGAAAUCAAUGGGCUAAUGCAGAGUUUCUACAAAGUAAUUGGCCAACCUGCUCUCCAAGAGCUUUGGAUUAAGUUAUUGUACCCUUCGACUGUGAUCAUGUUAGGUACUUUUGAUGCAA